AUGGCUAUCUCCAAGCACGGGUACGGUGCCAUCGCCAUGAUCACCAUCGGCACGCUCUACAACGCCGUGGCCAUGAUUCUCCCCAUGUGGACUGUCAACUCCACCGCCGGCCUCAUGAGCUUCUGCAUCGACAGCGAACUCACGAACACCAGCACCGCACUUGACCACUGCUUCUACUACAAGUUUGGCUCUGGAUACGAAGAGCUCUCCGUCAUCGACGAGAAGGUCUGGGCCGAGUACUCGCAGUACGCCACGUGCGAAGGCUACAGCAAGGCCGGCGAUGUGAGCGACGCCGAGCGUCUCAAGUACACAACGGUGCUGGCCACUGCCGCCGGUAUGGACGCCGAGCAGUUUAACAAGUUCCUGGACAAGUCGUGCGGUCUGCUGGGUAUGGCCACGAUGACCUUCGGCGGCAUGAGCAUGUCGAACGGCCUGAUGGCCAUUAUCGCGAUUGUCGGCGCUAUCACAUGCCGCAAGGGCGACAAGAAGUGGGUGGGCGGCGGCUUCUUCCUGGCGGGCGUGGCGUGCUUUACGGCCAUGCUGACGUUCGUGCUGUGGGUGGUGCAGGCCAAGCCUCUGGGCAAGAAGGACGACACGUCGCUGAAGACGGCGUUCUUCCUGAUGAUCAUCGCGAUGCUGCACUACCCGCUAGCCAUGUUCAUGUUCUGGAAGCACCUACAGUUGGAGGGGGGAAAGCAGGGCGGAUCGACUGCGUAA